AAAGUAGAAUCAAGGAGCAACUGACACGUAAUAAGAUAAGCUCCAGUCAUUAAACACCUGUCAUAGCUACCAUGUAACUCAGUUAUCUAAUAAUCUUACCAUUUAAAAAUAAUCACCUACAUAUUAUAUCAUAAAUAUACAAAAAUCUUGUACAUUCUCUUACAAGAUACUUUGAAUUUCUGGUUUUAUUUUACCGUGCAUACUACCAAGUGUUCGAUAAUUUGCUUGAGAGAAAGAAAAAGAACAGAGAUGACAGGGGCGCCGGUAUGUAUACAAUGUGGGACGAGGGAUAAUCCAUGUAGGUGCAAGUUUGUGGGCCCAACGCUAGGUUUCUUGGCGUUUGUUGUCACGGCGAUUAUUGAGUGGCCGGUGGGAGCGGUGGUUUACAUAUUUAACCACUCCAAAGGUCGUAGAAUCAUGGGUCAUCCUGUUUCUGUUGUUUAUCCUAAAGUUUCUAAUGCUAUUCCUAUUUGAUCAUCACAACUAAGCUACCAGUACCUGUAUUUGUGUUAUGUUUCGAUGGAGAGGGACUGAGGGACUCAUGUCGGUUAUAUGAUGUAGAUGGGAUUUGAUCUCGACCUCUCGGGUUUUGUGUACUGCUCUACCUCUACUACUCCGAAUGUUGUAACUUCUCAUCGGUAAAAAAAAAAUAAAAUUGUUUAGUGCUUAAUUGCUUAUCCUUUGUUGGAAUUUUUAUAAUUUUUUGGAUUACUUCUAGUUCUAAUUGUGUUACGUCUAUUAAUGUUUGACUUUUGAUUUUAUUUUCAAUCGUGUAAAUGUGGUGACAAAUGACAAUGAAAUGCAAUUUAAGGAGUGGAUGUUUUGUUUGUCCUUA